AUGUCCAAGGAGAUGGAAGAGCUUGCCGCCAAGGUAGCUCUUUCAGCUGUCUUGAAUUUCAAAGUGGAGAAGGACAUGGCUGCGUAUUUGAAGAAGGAAUUCGAGAGAAUCAAUGGUGAGACCUGGCACUGCAUCGUGGGAAAGGACUUUGGCAGUUAUGUGACGCACGUAAAAGGCGGUUUCAUCUACCUCUACGUGGACGACCUGGCAUUCCUGUUGUAUAAAACUGUGUAA